GCGUCAGGCAGCUUCAGACGAAUCGAAAGUUCGUUUUCUUAUCGAAGUAAAUUGUGUAAAAAUUUAUUAUCCAAUACUUGGCCGUACAUCCAAGAUGAUGGGACAAUUCAACGCUACUCCUUCGAGUCCUCGCGUGAUGUUCGAUGAAAAGGAUGACAACGGUUUGACACUCUGUGACAAAUAUCUACCGAAAGAAAUGAUAAUAGAAAUCCUCUGCUACGUCGACUGCAAUACUCUGAUGGACUGUGGAUUGGUGUGCAAACGCUGGAAGAUGCUGAUGAAUUCCGUCUGGCGGAAGAAAAUGAGGCAAAAGUUUAAUAUGUCGUUUGCGGGGAGUGAUGAAAUCCCCUGGUCUAUAAUCUAUUUCGCAUUCGAGCCUUACAACAAGAACUUGUUGAAGUACCUUCAUUGCGCGGAAUUCGCGAAAAGCAGCUUUAACAUAAUGGGUUAUAAAUUGUCCGAAACAGCAAGAUCCAUAUCGGCGCCAUGCUAUUCGAUGCUAGACGACGAAUCAAAACUCCAAACCAGAAAUUUAUAUCAAAAUACCGCUUUUGCUAUCCGUUUUGCUACUCCGCUCCCGAGAGUCAUGCUGACGAAACUCUUAAGGAGCAACGAAAAGUAUAUUGUACAUUUGACAAUGAACAGGAUCGAUCCAUAUAUUCUAGACACGUAUCAACCACCUAUAGUGAUAAGCGAAUGGUACAACACUGGAAAGAAUACUCAUGCAACGUAUAUAUUGAGCGUUAAAACGAACCUGAUAGACAGGUUUCUAUUUGAACAUCCAAUAAGAUGUGACGAAAAGAACUGGAUGAAAGUUUCACAUGUAUUUAAAAACUAUGGACCCGGUCUCAAACGUAUCACUUUCGAGCACAGUGUACAAUUUCACAGGGACGCUUAUAAACACUGCGGGCCAAUUAUAGUAGAUGAUAUUUUAAUCAGUGGGGCAUCUGUUUGUGUGCAACUUUUUGAGAUUGCAAGUACAAACCCAUUAAAACAGGAAUCACAGAAGAGAGAGGAGUGUGUUAGAGAUGUUAUCUCUGUUGUUUUAAAAAAAAAAAAGUUAUGUGAGAAAAAGGUAAAAAUUUUAAAUGAAAUAAAAAAUAUAUUAAUAUAGAAAAGGGAAAAAUAAAGUCUCGAGUUAAUAAAUUGUCCAUUUUCUUUUCUAUACAUUUUGACCU